AAGCAAAUCGAAACAUGCGAAGGGCAAUGACAUUCAAAGUAAUAUAGGGAAGUUAUCUCCCUUGAAUUUAUUGUUGUUAUAUUCGUCCUCACGUUGCAUGACAGAUGAUCAGGGAAACCUGUCAGGUAAUCAGCUAAAUUAGCGCAUUACCAUCAAUAAUGUCAGUGAAGGAUUGCAAUGGCGUGAUGAAACACGAGAAGAAAAAAAAGAUAGCUGUUCACUGGUUCCGGCAUGGACAACGUCUUCAUGAUAAUCCUGCUCUUGUGAAUGCCCUGAAAGACUGUGAUGAAUUCUACCCAGUCUUUAUCUUCGAUGGAGAAGUUGCUGGUACAAAACUGUGUGGUUUUAAUAGAUGGCGAUUUCUAUUAGAAAAUCUGAAAGAUCUGGAUGAAUCAUUUGCUGAAUAUGGUGGGAGGCUGUAUACUUUCCAAGGCAAACCUGUUGAAGUUUUUAAGAAUCUUCAGAAAGAAUGGGGUAUUACUCACAUCACUGCUGAAAUUGAUCCUGAACCAAUAUGGCAGGAAAGGGAUGAUGCAGUGAAAGAAUUUUGUCAGAAAUCAGGUAUCGAGUGUGAUUUUUUCACUUCUCAUACUCUGUGGGAUCCAAAACUUUUACUGAAAAAGAAUGGAGGGACACCUCCACUGACCUUUGAAUUAUUUCAGCUUGUUACUUCUUCUCUUGGACCACCUCUUCGCCCACUUGAUACCCCAACUUUUGAGGGAGUUAAAAUGCCACUACCUGAAAACCAUGAGAAAUUUGCUGUACCAACAUUAAAAUCACUUGGUAUUGAUCCUGAGUUUGAAGAACAGAAAAGCCCCAUCAACGUUUUUAUUGGUGGUGAAAAACGUGCUCUUGUACUACUUAAAGCACGUUUAGAAAAAGAAGCCCAAAGUUUCCGCCAUGGCCAAUGCUUGCCAAACCAUCAAGAGCAACCGGAACUGCUGGCCAGAGCUGUCAGUUUAAGUCCUUAUCUCCGCUUUGGUUGUGUCUCAAUCCGUAAAACUUAUUGGGAUAUAUGUGAUACUUAUAAAAGGAUCAAGAAGGUUGAGGCUCCAAAUGAGAUUGUUUGCCAACUUUAUUGGAGAGAGUAUUUCUAUAUUAUGUCUAUUGAUAACAUCAAUUUUGAUAAAAUUGAGAACAACCCUUAUUGUCUGAAAAUCAACUGGCAAUAUAAUGAGGAGUUUUUGAAGAAAUGGGAAAUGGGACAAACUGGUUACCCAUGGAUUGAUGCAAUCAUGAAUCAGUUACGCUUUGAAGGCUGGAAUCAUCAUGUUGGUCGUCAUGCAGUGUCUUGUUUCUUGACAAGAGGUGAUCUUUGGGUGAGUUGGGAAGAUGGUUUAAAACUUUUUCUGAAAUAUCAGUUGGAUGCAGAUUGGUCAGUUUGUGCUGGAAAUUGGAUGUGGGUGUCCAGUUCAGCUUUUGAGAAAGCUCUUCAGUGUCCUACCUGCUACUCUCCUGUUGUGUAUGGUAUGCGGAUGGACAGAAAUGGAGAUUUUGUGAAAACCUACGUUCCCGUCUUAAAAGACAUGCCACUUAAAUAUUUAUUCUGUCCAUGGAAAGCACCUUUGGAAAUUCAAGAGAAAGCUAAUUGUAUUAUUGGCAAAGAUUACCCUGAACCAAUCGUUAUGCAUCGUGAUGCCUCCAAACAAAACAUGACCAAGAUGUAUAAAGUAAAGGAACAUUUGUUACACCAAGACGUACCUCAUUGUGGUCCAACCAAUGAAACAGAAGUUUGGAAAUUUGCCUGGCUCCCACCAAUUGAACACCACGAUCUGGCUCACAAUAUUUAGUCAUAUUUUUGUAACGACUUCAAGUGAUUUUAUUAAACUGUGUUGUUACUGUUAGUUUCUCGAUUAUAAUCUGUAGUAAAAUAAACAUUAGUGGCCAAGACAGCACUAACAGAUUUGUCAGAAUGAAAGUAACUAUGCACUUAUUCUUUUCUAAAACAAUUUGUUUUCUUGUUGAUUGGUUAAAUACAAGUGUUUGUUAUAUUUGUUUAAUAUUCUAGUUAUAAUCAUCUUGUGUAUAUUAUUGGGUGGGGGGAAAAAAAAAAAAGACCCAUUUCACUCUCUAAUGAAGGGCUUUACUUGGAACAAUGUUCUCAUAUCACCACAACAUAUAAAUUUAAUUUUAUUAUGUUGACUUAAGAUUUAUAUCUUAGACAUUUGUUAUGUAUUGUAAAAUAUUGUAAAGUAGCUUACUGAGAAAAAGCAUUGGCAGAAAGAAUUUGUAAUUGCUUCUUGUCACUAGUUUGAGAUUUCUUAACAUGAAAGGUUUUGAGACACAAUGCAUAGUCACAGCCUGUGUCAAUUCAUGCAAUUCAUGCAACUCCUGCAGCUUAUGUGUAGCCCAUGCUAAUUGUAUGCUAAAGAAGGGCUAAAAACCUAUAAUGUAUGUUGGACCAUUCGACUGUCUAAGUUUUCAAUUGGCUACUGAAUAGCAUCAGGUUAUUUAAGUAGAACUGACUGGAGAUAUUAAUAAUGAAAAAUAAAAUAUUUUAAAAUUCAUUUUUACAACUGAUCACUUAUUUGAUUUAGAUACCUUCAUAAAUUGUUAGCACAGAUAUUUUACCCAUGGAUUCUUGAGACAGCAAACUGGCAGGGUCAUUAAAGCAUUAGCUGAAAUACCUUGUGUUAGUUUUUCUGGCUCUUUUCCUUCUAAGUUCAAAUCAGUCCUGCCUCAGCUACAUUGGGUGGCAGAUAGAUAAACUCAUAUUUUGGUGAGUAGUCUACUUGCUCUCCUGCACCAUUUCUUAAUCAUUAGGACAUUAAAAACAAAAUCUAAUUUUUAUCCUCCAUAAAAUUUCUUUCAUUAGAUUUCAGACAAUAAUUUUAAUAUUUUUCCCCAUUCUCACCAGUUUAAGGUUGCUGUUUGUAGUUUAGUGGUUAGAUAAUUUUAUUUGUUAUUUCCAUAUGAUUUUUACAAAAGACAUGAUCUGUGUCAGACAACACGCUAUAGUCUUGCAAGGCAAAAAAGAAAAAAUAAACAAGUAGUUAUUUAGCUGCACAAUGCUUUCACAUUCUUUUAGUUCAUUUCCUCAUUCUCAUAAGAAAUGUUAUGUUCAUUGUUGUGAUUUUGUUCUUUAUUUAGUAUAAAAAAUAAUGGUAGGAUUGUUUCUGAAAGAAAUUACAAGUUAAGAGAAUAAUUUGUGUUCAAAACACUGGCAGUUUGUAAACCAGUUACCAUCAGUCAUAUAGAAAAACACUAGCAUUAUUGCACAUAUUUCCAACUAUUCUCAUUUUGCACAGAAAUUAUAGAGUAUUAUUUUAAAUAUGCUAAUUUUCAUGCUUAUUCUUCAUUUCUUUGGCAAAUUACGGUGAGUGUAUGCUUUGUUGAGGAGGUAUGAUAAUACUAAAACAUACCUGAAGUUGUGUCUCAUAUUUGUCAAAAUUAUUAAAAUGAUAUUAAUCAUUGAGCUAAUAUUGUUUUUUUCUCGCUGCCUAUUUAUUUCUAAUUAGCUUUCUGGUACUCAUUUCAUUAAACACUUCAACACUAAUUUAAUUCUGUUUUAAAUUUAUCACCAAAGUAUGCUAAUCAGAGUGCCAGUUUAAAGUCAUUGUAUGUUCCUAGAAACCAGUCAUCACUUUCUAUAUACUUUUGGCAUUUAAACUACUGCAUUGCUUUUCUUGCUCUGUUACCAGUAAUCGGAAAAGCUUUCUGCAUUACCCAGUGUCAAGAUACAAAAUAUUGGCUCUUAAUUUUAGUGGAGGCCAAUCCUUUAUGCACUUGUAAUGCAUUUCUUGUAUAAAGCUAUAAGAGUUAUGUUAUCUGAUGUCUCCAACACUCUCUCCUCUCCUUUUAUCUCAUAAUGAUGAGUACACAGCUCUAUCAUUAUGGUAUUGAGUAAAUGAGGGAGACUGUUCUCAUGGAUGUCAGUCUGUCAUGGGUCACAUUUUUAGAAUAUACACAGCUAAGGGGACUGAGGUCCAGAGGCAUAAAUGAUCAGAUUUAAACUAAAACUCCAUGAUCUAAUCGUCAAAAAACUUUAUUCACUUGGAAUAAUCAUAUUAAUCAUCUCAUAAGAUCCUAAUUUAUAUUUUGCUACAUCAUUAGAACAUGUGAUAUGCUCUGGUAGUAGUUAUUGUAAGGGAGGUCAUCACUUUUAGAUUAAUCAUGAUGAGGUUAGAAGUUUGAAAUUUAAAUUGAAAAGUAAUGAAGAAGCAGAGUAUACAUAUUUAAUUUUUUCUCUCUCGUUACAUUAAUCUUAAAUAUUCUAAUCAUAGGUAGCCAUGUAUAGUGCCAUUUCAUCCUUAUUUGAAAUCAUCAGCAUGACAUAACUCAAUUACACUACAUUAGGCUUUACAUCAAAAUUCAAUAUGACUGAAAUUUUGAAAACAUUUUUUUCCUGUUAAUUAUAUACUACUACUACUACU